AUGAUGGAUUACGGAAGAGAAGCAAUCAUUCGCCAUCGGGCGAGUCGGGGCAAGAUAAGCAUCGCAUCCAAGAUGAAAGUGGAAACUAUGGAGGAUCUCUCCAUCGCCUAUACUCCUGGUGUGGCCGCGGUUUGCCUGGCUAUAGAAAAGGACAAGUCUGAAAGCUAUGCGCUGACCAACCGGGGCAACUCUGUAGCAGUCGUAACCGAUGGCUCCGCCGUUCUGGGCUUGGGAAACAUCGGCGCGGAGGCGGCAUUGCCGGUGAUGGAGGGCAAGUCGAUCCUUUUCAAGGGUUUGGCUGACAUAGAUGCUUUCCCCAUUUGCUUAGGCACUCAGGACAACGCGUCCAUAAUACAGACGGUGCGUAACCUGGCUCCCUGCUUCGGCGGUAUCAAUCUGGAGGACAUUGCCGCCCCGCGCUGCUUUGAAAUCGAGGAAAGCCUUCAGGAUCUGGGUAUUCCCGUGUUCCACGACGACCAGCACGGAACGUCGAUAGUAGUCCUGGCGUCCAUCAUCAACGCGCUGAGCGUGGUCGGAAAAUCCAUCGAGAACGCCAAGUUCGUUUUUUCAGGCGCCGGUGCCGGUGGCGUUGCCUCGACCAAGUUGCUGGUGGACUACGGCGCCAGGAAUAUCGUAUUGGUGGACAGUCAGGGAAUCAUCCAUCGGGGCCGGACCGACCUCACCCCCAUCAAGACAGAGAUGCUGGAAAUUACGAACCCAGACAACAUUGAGGGUAGCCUGGCCGAUGCCCUGAGAGGCGCCGACGUGUUUAUUGGCCUUUCGGUGGGUGAUACCGUCAGCCAGGAUAUGGUCCGCUCCAUGGCGGACGGCGCCAUAGUUCUGGCCGCAGCCAACCCCACUCCGGAAAUUUGGCCCGACGCGGCAUCCGAGGCUGGUGCCAAGGUUGUUGGCACCGGUCGCAGCGACUUCCCCAACCAGAUCAAUAACAGCCUCGCCUUCCCGGGGGUAUUCCGCGGCGCCCUGGAUGCCCGCGCCACCAGAAUAACUACCAGGAUGAAGCUGGCGGCUGCGGAAGCCCUGGCUGGCCUGGUAGCCGAACCCACCCCCGAAUACAUAAUCCCCUGGUCUCUAGAUCCCGUGGUGGUACCGGCCGUCGCCCAAGCCGUCGCGCGUGCCUGGCAGGUGGAGCAGGGGUAA